UGUUAUUUUUAGUCUGAAAAUCAUUCAUCAUUUUCUCCAUGGACAGCAGGGUGUUAGAAAGAGAAUCUAGGGUGGUGCUGAAUUUCCUGGAUGAGAACAGGAAACUGAGCGAAGACUGCAAGGACCUGAUAGCCACCUUACCAUUGGAGAAAGGUUGGGUUGCAAAGCAUCUUCACCAGUACGAAGGCUUUUGGCACACAACAAGGCAGCUUGAAGGACUUGUGUCUUGCCAAAACCACUUUCAGGCUCAUCACACCGAUGUCCUCAUUGUAACCACUCCCAAAUCAGGCACCACUUGGCUAAAAGCUUGGACUUUUUCCUUGCUUCACCGCCACAAAUAUCAUCCAACUACACAAAACCACCCUUUGCUCACUCACAAUCCCCACUUUCUUGUUCCCUUCUUGGAACUUGACCUCUACCUUGACAAACCCUCACUCCCUGACCUCUCCUCAUUUCCCUCUCCAAGGCUCUUCUCCACCCACAUCCCCUAUGUCUCACUGCCAAAAUCUGUCACACAAACAUCUUGCAAGAUUGUUUAUCUCUGUAGAGACCCCAAAGACGCUUUCAUCUCCCUCUGGCAUUUCACAAACAGGCUCAGACCCCACACCAUGCUCCCCAACUCACUCCAUGAGGCAUUCCACAAGUUCUGCAGAGGGGUCAGUCUCUAUGGACCCUUUUGGGAGCAUGUCUUGGAGUACUGGCACAAGAGCUUAGAACACCCUCACAAGAUCAUCUUCAUGAGGUUUGAGGAAAUGAAACUCAACCCCGAAUUUUCGUUGAAGAAACUAGCCACCUUUGUGGGCUGCCCUUUUUCCAGAGAAGAAGAGGACGCUGGUGUGGUGCAAGAGAUUCUGAAGCUCUGUAGUUUUGAUAACUUGAGCAACUUGCCGGUGAAUAGGAAUGGGAAGCUUUCGUCCGGUGAAGCACACCGAGCUUUCUUCCGGCGUGGCGAAAUCGGAGAUUGGAAGAAUCAUCUCACUGCUGACAUGAUUCAGCAACUCAAUGCCAUCACUGAAGAGAAACUAGCUCAACAUGGUUUGAGGUUUUAGAAUGAUUCUAUGUUUAUUUAGUCAUAACCGGUUUUUAACAGUUGUUGUUGUGUUUGCAAAAUGUUUUGCUUUCCUUUAAAUCCAGCUUUUAUUUGAUGUAUUAGGUAAGU